AUGAUGGGGCAUUAUUCCUCCCACUGACACCAACGAAUGGGCACUUUUCCUCCCCCCCACUGACACCAAUGAUUGGGCACUAUUCCUCCCCCCCACUGACACCAAUGAUGGGGCACUAUUCCACCCCCCUGACACCAACGAUGGGGCACUUUUUUUCCUCCCCCCCACUGACACCAACGAUGGGGCACUAUUCCUCCACCCCCCCACUGACACCAAUGAUGGGAUACUAUUCCUCCCACUGACACCAAUGUUGGGACACUAUUCCUCCCACUGACACCAAUGAUGGGACACUAUUCCUCCCACU